CUACUUCUAUUAUUUAUCUCUUAGAUUUAUUAAACUUAUUAAUGCUUUGGUUUGAGUUGGGAAUUAGUCGGUGAGGAAAUAACUCCAAGGAAAGUACAGGUAGCUUAUGGGUAUCUAUCAUGGCAUUCUUGUCUGUCCUUAAUUCUUUUCAAAGUCUUGCAGCUGUUUUUGAAUCCCUGAAUUUUCUUGUAUAUUUUGUCAUUUACUUUGUUGGGGGAUGAUUUUCUGUAACUCUUAUAGGCAUUCUCUCUGCUAAUAUUAAGCUAUUUUUCAUGUCAGACCUCUUUUUUUUUCCUUUUGUUUCCACAUUGUGGCAACUUUUAAUCACUUCUUAAAUUUGCACAGUGGAUUUUGUAUGGUUUUGAUGAUAUAUCAUAUCUAACUUGUUUCUUUGAUUUUGUUUCUGCUUAUUUUUGUUUCAAUUUAUCCCUGGUUUUGUUCCUCUUCCAUUCUCCACAGUCCACACAAAUUCUAUCCAAGAUAGGUUUCUGGCUUUAACACACUUAAUGUUACUUGUCAUGCCAAUUAACAUCUAUCUCAUUAUGCAGCAUUUGGUUAUUGUUCUCUGACAUCAACAAUUUAAAAAGUUUAUUUGUUUAUUGUCCCAGUGGAAUCAGAUCGUUCAGCUACUACUUGGUGUUUAUUGGUGACAGAGGAGAUAGCAAGUUCAUAAAAAUGAAAGGUAAUAGGGCUCGUGUAAGAUGGGAUGAGGCAAAUAUAGGGGAAAUUGAAGCAAAUAAGCCCGUGAGACAGAAAAUAACUGAACCCAAGACACCUUAUCACCCCAUGAUUGAUGAUGAUGGGUCUCUGUCUCCUAGGCGAGGCAGCUUUGAUGAUGUUGUUGGUGAAGCAAUGCGUGCAGAGGAACUACGGACUGCACUGGAUACAGUGGCUUCUUCCAGUAGAAAUGCUGGUAGGCGAUCUGGUGGCUGGACAUCAUCUGAGGAUGAGGCUGAUCCUAUGGAACAAGAUGAAGAUUCUGAAUCACUGUUGCCAGAUUCUGAAUUAGAUAGGAAUGCAAGUUUUAAGGAGCACAGACGAGCACACUAUGAUGAGUUUCGAAAGGUAAAGGAACUCCGGCGGAAGGGUUCUUUCUUUGAGGACAAGGAUGAUGAUGAAAAUGGUGAUAAUAAGCUAAAGGAUGGGAGAUGCGACUCAUCUUCAUCAUUAAGUGCUGGUGUGAAAGAUAUAGACAUUGAAGAGGGCUCACCAGCAUCACCUCAUCAGUCUUAUUUGCCCCCAACUAAUGGAGUUUAGAAUUUAUUGAGCCAAUAUAACACUUAAAAACUUACUGUUUUGUGAUCAUCUUUUCAAACUUUCAUGGUAUUUGGUGUAAGACAACUCAAGGAAAGAAUUGCAUGCUUCUAUAUUCUGUUGUGUAAAUAAUUUUCACCUAUAAACUAGUGACAAAAAUUUGUCAUUGUCAAUGAACUUGUGUUUUCGGUUGGGA